AUUUAUGGCUUGUGUGAAACCGUUUAUGAAAAUUCCGGAUAUUUUUCAUGCCCCGGAAGGCGGCUUACGUCACGCAAAUGGCGGACGUUGUAAACAGAGCCAGCAGCUUCUCCGAGGCCGAAGUGAAACAGCUCUUUUUAAGAUGAAUAACGUGGAUGUUGAGCGGUUGGAUAGUUUGGAGGGCUGGGUGGCGGUGAAAAGUAACAUAUUUGAGGAAUCGGAGACGUUUAAACUCGGUUUUAUCGUCCAGUGGAGUGUCAUCGAGUGUAAGUUCGCUGUCACUUGUCACAACCGGACGUUACAGCGGCAGAGACGCAAAGCUGAAGUUGUCGGAGAUCCUCAGAUGAGCUGGGCUGGACUUUUCUCCGUUAACGACCUAAAACACAUCCAUCAGCAGUUCUCCUGUGUGGCAGACGUAUUGGGGACCUGCUUUCCAGAUUUGUCAGAGUUCGAGGAUGGCAACAUUUGGGAUCUGCUCUUCCUGAACCGGAGGUCAGGACCUGAAGAUGACGAUGAGAGGGACUUUGACACCCCGUGCAGGAAACUGGAAAAAUACUUCAGCACAGCUAUUGACAUCUGCGGGAGGAAAAUCGUGCUCGACACGUUGUUCACGCAGGACGAGCGGGAUGUUGACGAGUACUUUGAAAAUCUGCAGGAGUUCAAGAGGAAGACCAUGCAGGAGGAGAUGGCACGGGCCAAGGGUCACGUGCGACAGCUCCUGCAGAGUCAUGGCACUGCAGACAGAAUGGUUGCGCUGCUCAGCAUGUACGAGGAAGAGGACGAGGCCUACCAGGACCUGGUCACUGUGGCCACCACCUUCUUCCAGUACCUGCUGCAGCCUUUCAGGGACAUGAGAGAGCUGGCCUGCCUCUACAAGAUGGAGAUCCUGAAGUCUUUGGAGUUUGAGGACUUGGGUCCUAAGAGAAUCGCAGCUCUGGAGAAGGAAGCGGAGGAGUGGAGAACGAAAGCCGAAGACGCAGUCGCCUCAAUUCAGGACAUCACUGUCACCUACUUUGCGCAGACUUCAAAGGCUCUGGCUGGUAUGUUAAAGCAGAUGGAGGAGGAUAAGUGUCGUUUUGGAGCUGCUGCCUGGGCGUCUGCAGCUCCCAGAAUGGAGAAACUCCGCUUCCUGUUGGCCAAAGAAACCCUGCAGCACAUGAGAACUACAGAGAUGUGCCUCAACCGCAAGAAAAACAGCAUCAGACAAAGGUUGGGCAGCCUGUCUGGAGAAGUCAAGAGCCACAGAGCUGGUCCCAGGUCUGCGUCUGGGGACAGCCAGCAGCAGGACACAGUGGACCAGCUGGAGCUGCAGUUCUAUGAAACUCAACUGGAACUGUACGACACCAAGUUCGAGAUCCUGAAGAACGAGGAGCAGCUGCUGGUGGCUCAGAUAGACACCCUGCGACGGCAGAUCAAAGAACUGAAGGAGGAGGUGGUGUAUUAUGAUGUGUGUGAGGAUCCAGAGGAGCUGCAGAGCAUGGUUCAUACAGGUAUUCAACAAGCAGACUCUCCGGCUGUCAGUCAGCUCAAAAGACGCCUACAGACCUUGGAGACCAAGAGAGGCAACAUCUGUUCCCGACGAGCUUAUCUCCGCAACAAAAAGAUGGUUCCUGCGCGUGCAGAAGUCCUGAGCAGCGGAGACAACGAGCUGGAGCGCAGCAUCAAGGCCGCCAUGAUGAGGAUGAAGAAGGUGGCAGCUGACUCUGACGAAGACGAUAGAGGAGAUGAUGAAACACGGAGCGCAGACUGGGACAGCUGA